AUGAACGUCGUCAGCCUCCUGUGCUGCCUCAGCCUGCUGCUGGUGGCAGCUGCCGCCCAGCAGCCCAAGCCCUGUGGAGGGACGGCGGAGUACUUGUGCCACCAAGCACGACGUGCCAAACUUGCAAAAUCCACCUGGCCAAACCCAAUUGGCGAAGCGCAGGUGGGUGCCGAUGGUGCCAUCAUGUCCACCGGAAGGAUCAAAUAUGACGCUUUUGGUCAGAGGGUGCUUGUCAGAAACUUAGUGACGGCUGGCAAUCACACUUUCAGUGUGGAGCACCUGAUGCUUUUCAAGCAGAAUGUCUACUAUGAGAUGGACUGGAGCAGAUUCUCUUGCCAGAAGAAGAAGCUGGAUCCCAGCUUCAUUCCCAUGCAGGUCCCCGCUGAUGCUAAUCAUAUGGGUCAAGUGGUCAUAGGCUCCUUGUCUUCCUGGGGAAUGGGUGUGACAGUCAACACUUGGUAUGGAGCUCUUCCACCUAACGGCAUGUACAUGCAUGUGUUCACUGACGCUGGCUGCUUCCCCGCCACCCUCUUGGCCUUCACACCAGAGUCUGGAUGGACCGCCGUCAGCACCUACAACUGGGUACUGGGCACCACAGAUCCCAUGGACUUCCUUCCUCCUUUCUUCUGUGGCAAGUCUCAGCUGGAGGAGACGGAGAAAGCAGACACUUUCUUCACGGCUUUGGAGUCUCUGGCCAAGCAGUCCACCAGCAAGCAGUAA